AUCAAUUAAUGUCUUAAUUAUUUCAUAAUUUCUAGUUAAAUUAAGCGAGCCUAUAUUAACAAAUACAUCAGGCGCACAUCGAAAACUACGACAAAUGGAAAUUCUGAAGAAAACGCAACGAAAACACUGACCGUUGCAGAAGCAGUCGUAUAAUUUGAGAGUGAAUGGGGCUCGUUGUGCGGCGCGGAUCUUGGUUUUAUUUGUCGCUGAGGGCUGCCCGUGAGGGAUUAUUUUGGGGGGUGGGGGUUACAGAACCCUACCCCCUCCUCCUCCCUUUCUCUCUCUCGUUUUAGUCCAUUGUUGUGACUCUUGUGCUCACACAGCCCCGAGUUGGAUUGGCACUAAAAUGCUAGGAGCACCUCUGCGGCGUAACCAGAGAGUCGCUAAUUGAGAUUUAGGCUGGCUGAUUUCUAAAUGCUUUAAGUUCUUCGGGACGAACCAUUAGGGAACAGACUGUAAGCGAGAGAGAGAGGCGAGCUAAAACAGCGCAAAGAACUAGCAUCUGUUCCAUUGUUAGCGCACUACGUGCUACAUUUUAUUUCCACACUUUGUAGACGGGAGCAUCCCAUGGACUGAACAUCUUGCAGUGGAGAUAUCUUUCGUUUUCACCCGUGCAAAAUUACGGAGCAUUUUAAACGGUACCGCCACAGGGAAAGAAAAGCCGCCAGAUAACUCUGCGGUAACUUCUUCCAAUGGAUUUGGCACUUUUUGCCUUAUGAGUUUGCACAGAGCGGAGCCGUGGCUUUAUUUCGCUGUGAAAAUCUAAUCAGAAGGUUGAAUUGGACUUUGAGCAGCGUACCAAGGAUCACAUCCCCGGUCGGCAAAGCGGGCUUUGUUUUGGUUUUUUGAUGGAUUUAUAGUUGUACUUCUGGCGUUUUCCCCUCCGACCGGGCAGACAGAAGAUCACCAAAGAUCGUUUUUUGGGGAAAAAGUGGAAAUAAGCCUUCAAUGGGGGUUCCAAUUAUAAAACAUCUUGGAAAGAAUUAGGAACUUCUAUCACCAAGAGCAGAAGGAAAGCUUACAAGUCACUGGGGUGUAAACUGAGCUCGCCAAUGCCAGGAGACAGUGUCUGAGGGCAACCGAAAACUGAAGGGUUCCCCUUCCCUCCCCCCAUUCCCCUUUACUACAAGACGCACACACAUCACCUCCGCAAGAUGAUCAUCGCCUGCCAGUUCUGUGUCCUUAUCCUCGGCCUGGCAGAUGGUGUCCUGGCCAAACCAGUCCUGACAGAGGAUGGUAGAAUGAAAGAGCCCAGACAUUCACGCCCCCUUCUCCAGCCAGGAUACCCUGAGAAUGCUACGGUGGUGGUCGGGGGCCGGGUGAAUCUGCACUGCAAAGUUCACAGGCCGGCCUUGACGCGCAUCCAGUGGUUCAGGAAGGACAGUGAACGCUUGGGCUCAGAUGGCCUUCCCCUCCUUAGGCCUCUGUCGCCUCUUCUCAGCAACACCUCCAAAGUCAACAUUCUGCCUCUUUCCAACAUCACGCUGGAGGAUGCAGGAGAGUACAUAUGCAGGGCAGAGAACUCUGUGAUGCAGACCUCGCAGUCUGCCUGGCUGCAGGUUUUACCGGAGCCCCUCCCUCCCUGGACCCCAGAACCGGCCACAGUCACCGAACAUCCAGCCGACCUCCCUGAGGAUCAGGUGGAGGACGCUGUUGAGCAUUUGUUGCUGGAACCUGGAGAUGUCCUCAAACUGAGCUGUGACACCAACCGCCCGGGCGGCGUCCACUGGUACAAGGGUGAGGAUCGGGUCACGCACAGCGCCCGGAUCCAGAUCCGCUCCACCGUCAUGGAGAUCACGGACGUGACGUACGAGGACUCCGGGCUGUAUGUGUGCGUGCUGAGGGGCACCAGGGAGCCGCUGAGAAACUUCACCAUCACUGUGGCUGACUCACUGGGAUCGGGUGACGACGAUGAAGACAACGGUUUGGAAGAUACGUCGACUGAAAUUGAGAAUGAGCAGGUCUACUUCACCAGGGGGCCCUACUGGACACACACACAGCGCAUGGAGAAGAAGCUCUACGCCGUUCCUGCCGGCAACACUGUCAAAUUCCGCUGUCCCGCCAUGGGGAGCCCCCUGCCCACCAUCCGCUGGCUGAAGAACGGGCGCGAGUUCCGGGGGGAGCAGCGUAUCGGAGGCAUUAAGCUGAGGCACCAGCACUGGAGCCUGGUUAUGGAGAGUGUGGUCCCGUCGGACCGUGGGAACUACACAUGCGUGGUGGAGAACAAGUACGGCUCCAUCACCCACAGCUACAUCCUGGACGUGCUGGAGCGUUCCCCACACCGACCCAUCCUGCAGGCGGGCCUGCCCGCCAACACCACCGCUGUGGUGGGCAGCGACGUGCAGUUCCUCUGCAAGGUCUACAGCGACGCCCAGCCCCACAUCCAGUGGCUGAAGCACAUUGAGAAGAACGGCAGCCGCUACGGGCCCGACGGCAUCCCUUACGUCCAGAUCUUAAAGACGGGCAGCCUCAACAUGUCUGAGGUGGAGGUUUUGUACCUGACCAACGUCACCAUGGAGGACGCAGGAGAGUACACCUGCCUGGCUGGGAACUCUAUCGGAUUCUCUUACCAGUCAGCCUGGCUCACCGUUCUGUCAGAGGAGGACGUGGCUGAGGAGGUGGAUCUGAUGGAGACCAAGUACACGGACAUCAUCAUCUACGCCUCGGGGUUCUUGGCUCUGGUGAUGGCCAUCGUGAUCGUGGUGCUGUGCCGCAUGCAGGCCAACCCCAGCAGAGAGCCGUUUGACGUUCUCCCCGUGCAGAAACUCUCCAAAUUCCCCCUUCGCAGACAGUACUCGGUGGAGUCGAACUCUUCAGGAAAGUCCAGCGCUUCCCUGAUGCGGGUGGCUCGUCUGUCUUCUAGCUGUUCUCCCAUGCUGGCCGGAGUCAUGGAGUUUGAGCUGCCCUUUGACCCCGACUGGGAGUUUUCCCGGGAGAAUUUGACCCUGGGGAAGCCCCUAGGAGAGGGCUGCUUUGGUCAAGUGGUGAGGGCAGAGGCUUAUGGGAUCAAUAAGGACAAUCCGGACCAGGUGACGACAGUGGCGGUCAAGAUGCUGAAGGAUGAUGCCACAGAUAAAGACCUGGCUGACCUGAUCUCCGAGAUGGAGCUCAUGAAGGUGAUGGACAAGCACAAGAACAUAAUCAACCUCCUUGGCGUGUGCACGCAAGAUGGUCCGCUGUACGUGCUGGUGGAGUACGCCUCCAAGGGCAGCCUGCGGGAGUACUUGCGAGCACGGCGCCCGCCUGGCAUGGACUACACCUUCGACGUGACCAAGGUGCCCGAGGAGCAGCUCACCUUCAAAGACCUGCUGUCCUGCGCCUACCAGGUGGCACGGGGCAUGGAGUACCUGGCCUCCAAAAGGUGCAUCCACCGAGAUUUAGCGGCGAGGAAUGUUCUGGUGACGGAGGACAACGUGAUGAAAAUUGCGGACUUCGGCCUGGCACGGGGAGUGCACCAGAUCGACUACUACAAGAAAACCACCAACGGACGGCUGCCUGUGAAAUGGAUGGCACCAGAGGCCUUGUUCGACAGAGUCUACACGCACCAGAGCGACGUGUGGUCUUUUGGAGUCUUGAUGUGGGAGAUUUUCACCCUGGGGGGCUCGCCCUAUCCUGGGAUCCCGGUAGAGGAGCUCUUUAAGCUGCUGAAGGAGGGCCACCGCAUGGACAAGCCUUCCAACUGCACACAUGAACUGUACAUGAUGAUGAGGGAGUGUUGGCACGCAGUACCCACCCAGAGGCCCACGUUCAAACAACUCGUGGAGGAGCUGGACAGAGUGCUGCUGGCAGUCUCAGAUGAGUACCUGGACCUGUCCACGCCCUUCGAGCAGUACUCCCCGUCUUGCGAGGACACUUCCAGCUCCUGCUCCUCGGACAACGACUCGGUCUUUACCCACGAUGCCUUGUCCACCGACCCCUGCCUCCUCGGCUACCACGACGUGCACUCCAGGAUGAAGACCUGAAAAACGAGCGGUCGGCAAAGACGAAGUUGCCGCGGGCACUGGCUUGAGGGCAUUACACGGGGGUGAAAAAAAAGUUUGCUUUAAAAACAAAAUGCGCGCAUAAAAAAGGGGUACGAGCAUUGUUGUUUCUGGCUCUGCGCCCAAGAACAUUAUCUCAAUGUUUGGCACUGCGGAAACCUGGCUAUUAAAAUGGCUGCAGUGUAUUUUCAGGUUCUUCUUAAUGAAGCAGGACUUUCUUUCUCAGCUAAGCUAUUUAGUCUAGGUUGCCUUGGGAAAGAUGGGCAGUGGGCCUCAUGUACAAACUCCUUUGAGCGAAUAGCGCAGCUCCAGAUCUGGUACCAUGUAGAACCAGAAUAGACAGAAAAAAAAGAAAGAAAAUAUAUUUUGUUAUAAAACAGAA